UUUUCUUCAGGAGGGUUCUAAGUUCCCACAAAUUGACUUGUUCAAGGACGUUUACGUUCGACCCGGCAAAGAGAUCGCUGAGCAGCUUCUUGGCGAUAUGGUGGAAAAGAGCACUGCUAUUCUCGAAGAAGCAACAUCGCAGCUUCCACCAGAGACCCCGAUCGAGGACGUCAUUGUACCUGAGGAUGCAGAUCUUAAGAUCGUGACUCAGGUCCUGGAUCAGAAGUUGGGUCGUCGUCAUGGCAAGGUUGUUCGAUGUAUGGGGAAGGCGGGGGUUCGUGAGACGGGUGCAUCUUCUUCCAGAUCGUCCACAGUAGAGGUCAAUUCCCUGAAGGAGGAAGUGACAACCCUAAAAGGUCAGCUUGUGGCCCAGAACGAGAGGAUGAAUAUGAUUGUUCAGGCCUUAGCGAUGUCCGGCCUCCAAAUCCCGAUGCCAGAACCUAAUCUUGCUCCACCUUCGACUUCUUAGCCACUUCGCCCAGUCGAUACUUAGUAGCAUGAUGUAUUAAACCUAAAGACCUGUAGUUUUUCUUUUUUGUUCGGACAUCUUGUAUGUACAUUUUCAUAUAUUGUAUAA